AUGUCUUCGUAUAACUAUAGGACAUCCAGUUCACCUCCUCCAUACCAAGAAGACUCGCGGUUACUCUGCCUUGGUGAGCCGACGACCCCUUUACUUCAGCCCAUCGCUAAUCAUAGCAUACUCGAUUUAGACGGCGGAGGAACAAGAACAAUAUGCCAACUUUUCAUACUCGGCGAGGUUACCCACCGACUCGCAUGGGACAUGGGCCUCAUCGACCAAAAGACACCACACUCUGUCACGCAAAACCUCGCUCCAGCCGACUUUUUUGACGAGAUUGGAGCAGGUGGUAUGGGCGCGUUUGUCGCCUUUCUUCUUACCUGUGGGCUCAGCGUGGAAGCAGCGAGGGAACACUACAUGCACGCCGCACCUCGCAUCGUACACGCACUCUCUGUACAGUGUAUAGAGAGUAUACUAGAGGAUGCGAUACAGAGAAGCGGGCCAAUGUGUGUUGCUGGAGAGUGGACCAUCGAUUCCCCAAGCUGCGUCAACGUCUGGUUGCCGCGUCGAGCGAGCAAGCAAGCUUCUUCCAUGGGAUCCGAAUCUCUCUCAUUUCGCAAAAUUCCCGCCGGAUCGCCAUUGAGGCGAAAGCUACUCCCACUAGUUGCCGCUGAGAUGUUCCGCGAGCUCUCGGGCCAGGUAGAUACAUUACACUACACUCUUCCAUUUGCUCGCUCUGUCUGUCCCAAUUCGCAUGGCAUUACUCUCUUGCUCUCUCUCGGCUCUGGCGACAUUCCCGAGUCGACGCGCACAGCGCCAGUGGAAUCAACAUCGUCAUCUUGGAUUCCAUCUUAUGUAUCCUCUGCAUGUUCGCAAGUCUCCCGACUUUUGUCCAAUACCCAGCAAACACCAUCCACGACUAACCCAUUACCACCCAAUCGACCAGCACUCCCGUCUACCAAGCAAACCAGCGAAGAAAGACGGGCAUUAAACAAAUAUUUACCAUCUCGCGCAUUUGGACGGACGUUUAUACGCCUCAACCCUAAUUUCUCCAUGUGGACACAGUCUCGACAGGAAUAUGAUCCCACAGAUUGGGAAUCAACAAAAUUUGGUGAACACAAGAUGCUCACAUCUAAUUAUUGCUCAAAGGCGGAUACGGCCGCGUUGAUCGACACUGCCGUCGCCGCCCUUCGAUCGUGCUCUCUCCCUCUAUUGCCACCGCUGUAUCCAAGAAUACCAUCCUCGAGGCACGACUCGCUCCAGUCGGAGUAUCUUGCCUAUGAGAGUGCUGGUUUUUAUUAA